AUGGACGAUGUUAGACAGCGCAGGAAAACUCAAGUAGAUGAAAAUCAAAAUGAUGGAAUGCCAGAAAAGGAACGACGGAUCCGUGGCGAAGAUCCAACACGGAGUCGGAAUCGAUGUCUUCUUGUUAGCGCAAUUAUACUAACUCUAAUUGGCAUAGCAAUACUAUCUGUCGUAGCAAUGAUGUACUUACGAGCCGCGGAUAAUUUGGAAGAUUACGGUAGCACAGAUGAGUACUUAAGAAAACUCGUCCGGCAGAUUAACGACAAUUCUAGUUCAACUUGGAAGGCAAAAUUCAACAAAUUCGGAGUCAAAGAUCGAUCAUAUGGAUUCAAAUACACAAGGAACUCCACUGCAGUUCGAGAAGUUAUGGUAGAAUUGGAGAAGUUCUUCAAAUCUGACGCUAUGAAGCAACAUCUUCAAGAGCUUACGGAUUACCCUGACUCGUCUUUACCGACUCACUUUGAUGCACGACUCAAAUGGCCUCAAUGUCCAUCAAUUGCACGGGUUCCUAAUCAAGGUGGUUGCGGAAGUUGCUAUGCAGUAGCUGCUGCAGGAGUAGCCUCUGAUCGAGCUUGCAUCCAGUCUAAUGGCACUUUUCGUGCUUCACUCAGUGAUCAGGAUGUCUUGGGUUGUUGUGAAGUGUGUGGCAACUGCUAUGGUGGUGAUCCUCUCAAAGCAAUGGUCUACUGGGUCAAUCAAGGCAUGGUAACAGGAGGCCGAGAUGGUUGUCGACCGUACACAUUUGACAUCACUUGUGGAGCGCCAUGUUCACCGCAAACUUUUUUCGACGCAGAAAAGUCUCGAACCUGCGUCAAGCGAUGUCAGAAUAUCUACUAUCAGAAUAGAUAUGAUGAUGAUAAGCACUUCGCCUCUUUGGCCUAUUCGCUCUAUCCUCGAAGCAUGACGAUAAGCGAUGCGGAUGCGCCAGAAGUAGAACGAGCAAAAGUACCAACAAUUAUUGGACAUUUCAACUCGACGGCUAAUCCACCGUUGACUUUGGAACAGAUACGGACCAUAAUCAAGAAAGAGCUCUCACUCUAUGGUCCCACUACUAUGGCUUUCCCUGUCCCAGAAGAAUUUCUCCAUUAUUACACAGGUGUUUUCCGACCGGCGGAAGGUUUCCAAAAUCGUAUCGUCUACUGGCAUGUGGUCCGAUUGAUCGGAUGGGGUCAAGAAGAUGACGGAUCUCAUUACUGGAUCGCUAUCAACAGUUUUGGUGAACAUUGGGGAGAUUCAGGAACUUUCAAAAUAAACACGGAUCAAAUGGAGCAUUACGGGCUGGAAUACGAAACUGCACUGGUUUAAUAUUAUGUUGUUACAUGUUUGUAAGUAUUAUUCGAUAUUCAUAUGUCAUGUACAGUAUUUAUCGUCUUUCUUAAGAUAAAGGUGC